CAGCUAUAAUAUAGUACUGAAGACAGCCUCUCGCACAGCUCUCCAGGCUUGCUACCAUUUAAAAUCAGACUCUUUUUGUCUUUUGAUUGCUGUCUCCCGCCCCAACUCAGAUGUGCUCCGUUAUCAGCGACCAGCAGCCUGCCGCUCCAGCCCCCGUCUGGGUGGGGAUCGGCAGACAGUCCCCGGCACUGGUGGCGGGCAGGGUGCUAUAGAAAGAGAAAGAGCGAGGCAGAGAGCGAGCGAGGGAGCCAGCAGCGAGCCCAGCGAGGAAGGGAGGCGCACAGGCACACACACCCGCGCUCUCGCGCGCACAGACCUGCACGGGGACGGCUGGGAAGUCACUGGGCUCCAUGGACGAGAUGCUGCUGCUGGCGAGAUGUCUGCUGGUGCUGCUGGUGUCCUCGCUGCUGCUGUGCUCCGGGCUGGCGUGCGGACCGGGCAGGGGAUUUGGGAAGAGGCGGCACCCCAAAAAGCUGACCCCUUUAGCCUACAAGCAGUUCAUCCCCAACGUGGCCGAGAAGACCCUGGGGGCCAGUGGAAGAUACGAGGGGAAGAUCUCGAGAAACUCAGAGCGAUUUAAGGAACUCACCCCCAACUACAACCCCGACAUUAUAUUUAAGGACGAGGAGAACACGGGAGCCGACCGCCUGAUGACUCAGAGGUGUAAAGACAAGUUAAAUGCUUUGGCCAUCUCAGUGAUGAACCAGUGGCCAGGAGUGAAGCUUCGGGUGACGGAGGGCUGGGACGAGGACGGCCACCACUCUGAGGAGUCACUGCACUACGAGGGCCGCGCCGUGGACAUCACCACGUCAGACCGGGACCGCAGCAAGUACGGCAUGCUGGCGCGCCUGGCCGUGGAGGCGGGCUUCGACUGGGUGUACUACGAAUCCAAAGCACACAUCCACUGCUCUGUGAAAGCAGGUGAGUGACACCCCCCACCCUGUACCCCGAUCUUCCGGCUCCAGAUCCACCCACACGAUGUCACCCGUGUGCCCUGUGGCCUGAUUCAAGGCAAAGCAGAAGAAAUAGGGAGGGGGCU